AAUUUGAGUUAGUGCGGCUCUUGUAAAAAGACUAGUGGUAAUGAAUGAGCUGGAGAAGUUAUUAAGUAAAGCUACAAACCCGAUAUCAGAUCAGUAUGACUCUGACACCGUGAAUGAAAUUGCAAAGCUGAUUGAUACUCAACCUAAUGGUCCAAUCUUUACUCUUCGACUUCUUGCCCAUAAAAUUAAGUCUCCACAUGAAAAAGAAGCUCUUAGCUCUUUAAUGCUGUUAGAGUUUUUAUCCAAGCGUUGUGGUCCAACAUUUAUAUCCGAACUCGGAAAGUUCAAGUUUCUCAACGAACUAAUCAAAGUUCUCUCGCCCAAGUAUCUUGGUGACCAGACAUCUUCAUGUGUAAAAAACAAAUGUGCUCAGUUGCUUCAUAAUUGGCAGCGUGAUUUCUCACCAAAUGAACCGAAGUUUGCUGAGGCAUACAAUAUGCUUGUUCGAGAAGGUAUUAUAACUGCGAGUCAGAUAGUUUCUACUGACUCCGUUUCAGAGAUUUGUCGCUCAGGCUCUUCAGCCGCUGAAAAUAGGCAAAAUAUUUUUGAACGUAACAAAAAAUCAGAGCGUUUAACCCAAUUACUUCGUAGUCGUAAUCCAGCUGAUCUACGUGAAGCGAAUGCGCUUAUCAAGAGUAUAGUUGAAGAAGAUCAAGUACGUAUGGAAAAAGUAAGCCAAAGAACUAGUGAAAUGGAAGCUUUAAGGAACAAUACAAUAUUAUUAGAAGAAAUGAUUGGGACAUAUUUAUUAGGUGAAAGUACUGAGGCUGAAUUAGAAUUGAUGAGUGAAUUGACACAGAAUAUACGUAGAGCACGUCCAUUAUUAUAUAGUUUCUCUUUAACACAUGAAGAACAAGAUAUUGAAACAUUGACUGAAAUUGGUCAAAUAUGUGACAAAGCUAGUGAAGUUUUAGCAAACUAUGAACAAAAAAUAGCCAAACAAAAGUCAUUAUCCUCAUCAAAAUCAUCAUCUAUAACUAAGGAUAAUUCUUCUUCUCAAUUGUCAUCAUCUAAUCAUAUUACUGAUCUUUUAACACAAGAUUUAAUGAAUUUAGGCUUAUGUGAUGAUUCAAUCACACCUAUCCCAUCGUCUAAUGCUAAUCUAUACUCUCCAGAUGUUUUAUUAUUGAAUACUUCAAAUUCAUUUCUUGUUAAUCAUCUUCAUAAUUCGUCAUGUAAUCAAGUAUCACGUCCAAUUGAACCAAAAUAUUCAUUAAACAGUAGUAAUAAUAAUAGUAACAAUUUUAUUGCUAACAAUCCUGGUAUUAGGAAAAAAUCAAACUAUGAUGACUUACAGGAUAUUUUUUCCACAAAUGCUACUAAUACUUCUACUACUACGACGACGACUUCUGGGUCAACAGUACUCUCUACUUCGUCAACGCUUUACCCAUCAAUAUUCAGUUCUGUAGACUCCAAAACUUCAAAACAAUCCUUGUCUCCUGAACAUGAAUCUUCUGUAAAUUCGAAUCCCAACGUCUUCAGUGAACUAGAUUGUUUGAGUCGUCAAAUGCUUAACUUAUCAAAAAAUCUUUUUUUAUUAUUUCCUGGAUAAUGACCAUUCAUGUGUAAAUGGUUGGUGAUGUACUACAAAGCGACAAAGAGCCUGAAUCAAAAUUUUCCGAACAAACAAUUGAUGAAUAAAUAUUAUCACCUUACAUUGACAGAAGUCUUUGUAUGAUUUAUGAACAAAUGCUUUGACAGAUACAAAUCUAUCAAUAUUACUAGCAAAUAAUUCUCCAAGUAAAAUAAAACCCGAUGGUGAUGAUGAUGAUGAUGAUAACACAUCCUUAUGUAUUAGUGACGUAGUUGUAAGCAGGAAUAACACUCCCACCAGUAAUAAUCACAAAGUGGAAGAAGUAACACCAUCAGAAGUUACAACACAAAGUGUAAUUGAUCUUAAAUCAUUUGAUAUUCAACUUUCUUCUGUUCAACCUCAUUCAAUACAUAAAACACCAUUGACACUUUAUCCAACUGAUAUAUCACAAGAGAAUGACAGUAAUGAUAAUACUUAUAACAUACAAUUAACACUACAUUACGCUAAUAAUAAACCACAUCCUGAAGUGAUGGUUUUUGUUGCUGUUAUAUCUAGUCGAAAUGUUUUACCCAUUACUGAAAUCAAUGUUAGAUUUGGUGUUGAAAAGCCUUUUAAAAUACGACAACUUAUUGCAUCUGGACAAAAUCUUCCAUCUUAUAAAACAUUUCUACCACCUGCAUCAAUUAGUCAAGUAUUAUUAAUUUAUAAUCCAUCUAAAUUAGUAAGUUAAUCAUUGAUAUAUUUCUUUGAGAAAAAGUUAAUUUUUUACGGGAUGGGUUAGCUAACCCCCUAUACCCAAUCAUCCUCUUUUAUCCGAGUUUACGAUCGGCAGUAACCCCAGAGGGUCCCCAGGUGGAGUUUCUGAGAAAAAGUGCAAUUUGAUAUAUAUAUAUAUAUAUAUAUAUAUAUAUAUAUAUAUAUAUAUAUAUGUCCAUAUAUAUCGACGAUUCUGAUAUUAUGUUGGAUGCUAAUAAUCUUUUAUGGAACCGUUUAAUACUAAGUUUAGCCAUGAAUAGGCUUUGAUUAUAACAGUUAAUGACAAUGAUGAUCAUUAUAAUCCUGAUAAUACAAUAAAUCGAACCGGUAUACUUUUAUUCAAUCACUUGGUGUAACACGACUGAAAAAAUCUUUUGUAUUCUUGAAUAAUCAAGUCUUCCAAUUACUAGACGAUGGAUUUCGUAAAUGCGUUAUUCACUUUUUCCUUUAAAUACUCAUUGAGCAAUCUUAAACAAAGCUUGUAAAGACAUAAAUUUAUCUCUAUACUUCAAGUGUAGAAUCUACACUAAAGGUUCUAACUAAAGUAUACAUGAAAUGUAGGUAGGAGAGGCCAAACUACAACGUGGCAUCAAUCCUUAAAGUCACUAAGUUCUACUCUUAGCCAUGUUGGUAGAUGCAGACUAUCGUGAUCAAUAGUUGGAGACUCUGGAUGACAUGGCUCAGAAUCGAUCAUAGUGGCGUUAUUCUCUGUCUUCCCUUAAACUCUGAGAUUAAAAUCGCUUUAUAUCUUUCUUUCUACGAACUAAUUCUUUCCUCCUGUACUAUGGCCAUAUAUGCAAUCUUUAUUUUAUAUAUUACUACCAUUUAAGUAACUACUUCUAUGAAUUUGGUGUUCAUCUUGUUGUGUUAAUGAGGUAUGGCAACUUGGACCGAUGCAUAUAUGUGCCUGGUCCUACGUUGUGGCUGACUGACUGACUGACUGAUACCAUGAUAUUAAAACAUGAUGAAACUAGUUGCUAAAUGUAAUCCAUUUAAAGUUGUAUAAUUGAUAAGUUAAAUCACAUUAGUCUGGUCGUUAGACGAAUGUUUCAUUCGUUCUAAAUUUGAGCAAAUCCAUUUCUGAGUAUUGUUGGUUGUCUUUGAGAUGGUGGAGAAGAAUGAACUGGAAAGCACUUACAAACUGACCAACAACGUUUUAAAUGACAUCAAUUUCACAAUGUAACAGGAGCCAAACAACCAACUAGCAUUCUUGGAUAUGUUAAUCAUUAGGACCGACACAGGAAAACUGGAAACUCAAGUAUAUAGGAAACUGACCCAUACAGAUCAAAUUCUCAACUACAACAGCGACAACCCAAGAGCUCAGAAAAUCAACUGCGUACACACAUUGUUCAAGAGGGCGAGAACACACUUGGCAGCACGAAAAAAUGAAGAGAAACACCUGAAGGACAUAUUUUAAAAGAACGGCUACCCAAUCAACUUCAUGAAAAAACACCAACCGCACGCAGCAUCAGAACCCAAGUCAAACAGAGAAAUCAACAAAAGGAUCACCCUACCGUACAUAAAAGACAUAUCAGAAACCGCAACGAGACUGCUGAAAACCUUCGCGUUAGGUGUGGCACACAAACCGACAAAAUCACUACAAUCAAUCCCAUGCAAACCAAAGGAUG